GCAGGUUCUGCAGAAGUUAAGAAUGUAAUCAAGUCAUAAGCUCAUGAUUUAAAUAUUAUCUGAAAGCGUUAAAAGCCAUGUGAGGACAGGAGAUAAGAGUCUCCACCGCAGGAUUGUUCUUCUGAACUCUCUACACUGUCUCCACUAGAGGAUUGUUCUUCUGAACUCUCCACACUGUCUCCACCGGAGGAGUGUUCUUCUGAACUCUCCACACUGUCUCCACCGGAGGAUUGUUUUUCUGAACUCUCCACACUGUCUCCACCGGAGGAUUGUUCUUCUGAACUCUUCACACUGUCGCCACCGGAGGAGUGUUCUUCUGAACUCUCCACACUGUCUCCAUCGGAGGAUUGUUCUUCUGAACUCUCCACACAGCACAAAACAGUCUAAAUUUUACAGAGCUCCCGUUCACCAUGGACCUGAUCACAGUUCUGCUCUCAUUUGUCGUCAUCUUAUUUUUGACCAUUGUUUUUAAGAAUCAAGGAAAGUACAAAAAUUUUCCACCUGGACCAAAGCCUUUACCGAUCAUUGGAAAUGUUCUCACGCUUGACAUGUCAAAACUUCAAAAAACGUUCAUGGAGCUUUCUACGACAUACGGCCCGGUCUUUAGUGUCCAGCUUGGCAUGACAAAAAUAGUUGUCCUAUGUGGCUAUGAAGCUAUUAAGGAUGCUCUCAUCAAUCACGCCGAUGCAUUUUCUGAUAGACCUUAUGCUCCGGUGAUUGCAAAAUUUUCAAAGAACAAUGGUAUUCUUUUUUCCAAUGGAGAGAACUGGAAAGUGAUGAGAAGAUUCACACUCUCCACACUACGAGAUUAUGGAAUGGGCAAGAAGACCAUAGAAAACAAGAUAAUUGAAGAGGCCGAGUGUUUAGUACAGAAGUGGAAAUCAUAUGAAGGAAAGCAAUUUGAUAAUCUGACCAGUAUCAAUGCUGCAGUAGCCAACAUAAUUGUGGCCAUACUGCUCAGUCACAGAUUUGACUAUGAGGAUCCGACCAUACUGAAACUUAUGGUUGGAAUAAAUGAAAAUUUUCGACUCCUCAUAAGCCCAUGGAUCACGCUGUAUAACAGUUUUCCAUUACUGAUGGACUGGCUACCUGGAGUUCACAGAACUAUUUUUGGGAACAUCAAGGAGUUUCAGAAAUUUAUAAGAGCGACCUUUACAAAACAGAAGACAGAACUGGAUGUCAAUGACCAGAGGAACCUUAUUGAUGCUUUCCUAGCCAAGCAACAAGAGGGAAAGCCUGAAUCUACUGAGUAUUUCCACAAUGAAAACUUAACUAUUUUGGUUGAAAACCUUUUCGCAGCUGGAAUGGAGACCACAUCAACCACAUUGAGAUGGGGACUUCUACUCAUGAUGAAAUACCCAGAAAUUCAACAAAAAGUGCAUAAUGAAAUUGAAAGGGUGAUUGGAUCGGCACAACCUCAAAUGGAGCAUAGGAAACAAAUGCCGUAUACAGACGCCGUCAUUCAUGAAAUUCAGCGCUUUGGUGAUAUUGUACCGAUUAAUGUCCCACAUGCAACUUCUGAAGAUUUGACAUUCAGAGGGUAUUUUAUACCAAAGGGCACUGCUGUUAUCCCAUUGCUGCAUUCUAUACUCAGAGAAAAAACUUACUUUGAGAAACCCAAUGAGUUUUAUCCAGAACACUUUCUUGACCCUAAAGGAAAUUUCACAAAGAAUGAGGCCUUCAUACCCUUCUCAAUAGGUAAACGUAGCUGUGCUGGGGAAACCUUAGCUAAAAUGGAGCUCUUCCUGUUCUUCACAACACUAUUACAAAAUUUCACCUUCCAUGCAUCGCCUGGAGCCAAACUGGACCUUGAACCUGCACUGGGGGUUACAAGUGGCCCCCAAACCUAUAAGAUCUGUGCCAUAUCUCGCACAUAGACUACACUUUCAGCCAACAUUGCCAUGAGAUAUGUUGUAUGUCAUCAUAAUUCUUUGCCUUAUCUAUAUUGUCUACAUGUGGCAUGAAUUUAAGUGGAAUCUAUUGUUCUCUGUUAUCAGUCAUUUCUGGCUGGAGAAAGGCUAACUACUAUGUAAUUGGAUUACUAAGAGAUUUCUGUCAUAAAGCUCUAAAUCUCCUGCCUAGAUAAAGAGUCAAAUGAUAAUAUUUUGUCUAUUGUGAGCUUACUGCAUUCUGGGGUAUUGCUGAGUUCAAUGUAUAAAUUGUAUACAAGAACCUCCUAAGCUCCCCCUAGUGGUGGCUUCAGACAGAUAGCACUUUAUAACUUUACUAUAUUUCAAUAGUUACAGAAUAAUAAUACUUCUUACCAUUAUAAGGAUAUAUUAAGAAAUUAUUCAGUGUAGAUUUUUGCACCUGCAGAUGUGUCCACCCUUAAAUUUCCUUAAGUUUUGUUAAUGACUCCAACAUAGCAAAACACAAAUCCAAUACAGUAUCACAAUAUAUUUCCAAAAUUCUCAACAGGUUGAAACUCACAGCCCAACCACUGCAUAGUGUAAUACUGUGUGGUAAAGUACUGGAGGAGGUGUAUAUCUCAUCCAGAAUGCUCAGAUGGGUAAGGUAGAAAGAAUCCAGAAAGCUGCUGUGUUGUUUCAGCAAAGCAUAGUUUGCGGUGGCAGUUUUGUUAU